AUUGUGCAGCCACGUGAUGUCAUUUAAUUUACCCUACUAAAGCGACAUGUUGCUACGUCUGUGUUCGUUGUUCCUUCUGAUAUUUUUGGUUACAGCCGAUUAUCAGCCAAACUGGAAAUCUAUCGACAGUAGGCCCAUUCCGGAAUGGUACGACAAGAGCAAAAUUGGAAUAUUUCUACACUGGGGAUUGUUUUCUGUCCCGAGUUUUGGAUCCGAAUGGUUUUGGAUGAAUUGGGUGGGAACGAAGAUUCCCCAAUACGUGGAAUUCAUGAAGAAAAACUACAGGCCAAAUUUCACUUAUCCUGAUUUUGGCCCGAGUUUCACGGCCGAGUUUUACGAUCCUGAUCAGUGGGCCGAAAUAUUUAACGCUUCCGGUGCUAGAUAUGUGGUACUUACAAGUAAACAUCACGAAGGGUUUACAAUGUGGCCCUCGAAAUUUUCCUGGAAUUGGAAUGCAAAAGACUUGGGUCCAAACAGAGAUCUAUUAGGUGAUUUGGCUAAGGCAGUUCGAAAAUAUGACCACAUUCACUUUGGCCUGUAUCAUUCUCUGAUGGAUUGGUUUCAUCCACUUUAUCUAAAAGAUAAAAAUAAUUCGUGGGCUACUGAUUACUUCGUUCGAGUAAAAGCUAUGCCAGAAUUAUAUGAACUGGUAACAACCUACAAACCCGAAAUCAUAUGGUCAGAUGGAGAUUGGGAAGCACCUUACACAUACUGGAAUAGCACGGGAUUUUUGGCCUGGUUAUACAAUAAAAGUCCAGUUAAAGAUGUAAUUGCAGUCAACGAUCGUUGGGGUAGCGGAAUGGCGUGCCAUCACGGUGGAUAUUUUACAUGCCAGGAUAGAUAUAACCCAGGAAAGUUACAACCCAGGAAGUGGGAAAAUGCCAUGACUCUAGACUACUCCUCGUGGGGUUAUAGAAGAAAUGCUCAGAUAAAGGAUAUCAUGCCUAUCCAGACAAUAAUCGCAACUUUAGCAGAGACUAUAAGUUGUGGUGGAAACAUUCUCAUUAAUAUCGGUCCAACUCACGAUGGAAGGAUCAUUCCCGUUUUCGAAGAACGCCUUCGUCAACUGGGAUCAUGGUUAAAAGUUAACGGGGAAGCCAUUUACGAAUCCCAACCUUGGAUAUAUCAAAAUGACACCAUUACACCAAAUAUCUGGUACACGUCCAAAGAAAACUCUGUUUAUGCCAUUGUUCUAAAUUGGCCAAAGAAGAAUUUAUUGACAUUGGGAGCUGUAAAUUUGCAGGAAGAUGCAACUGUAUAUAUGUUAGGAUGGAAAAAUUCACUCAACUGGAAAUCGAUAGGUAGAAAAGGGACUCAGAUUAUGUUUCCAUCUCUAACUCCAGAUCUUCUUCCAUCGCAAUGGGCAUGGGUUGUAAAAAUAAACCAAGAUUAAUGUUUUGUUUAAUGCCAUAUAAUUCUUGUAUAAAAUUAACAGUGCCAUUUAUAAAUUGAGAAACGUUGAUUGUUGUAAGAAUAAAAAUGAAUAUAUAUAAAAA